UAUGACGCCCGGGACUGAGCAGGCACCUGCCGCUCGCACCCUGGAUGCCCUGAACCCUCACCGCGCUUUCCAAGAGACAAUUUCCGGCUUGGUUCCUGAGGUUCCCGCCGCAGCCCCAAGGAAGAAAGCCGCUAUUCUUCGCUCUUUUUCAGCAUUCCAGGCCUUUCCCGGCAGGGCCCAAAACGACAGGAGAAGAGCCUCACCUGGCUUGGCUUUUCUAGCCGCGGGCUGGAGGGAUUCGGCCUGAGAAUAGAUUGGUCGGUUUCCCGGGACCCACCCGUCGCAGGCCCUUAGAAUUAGGCUGCUGCUUUUCUUUAAAGAGAGUUUAGAACACUCAAUCUGCUUAAGUAGGCGUUCCUUUGCUCACUUUCCAGGCGAAGAGGCACCCCUACUCAAGAGACUGCGCGUGAAGGUAGGGGCCAUGACAAAGUCCACCAAGCUACGGCAUCCUCUGAGCGUCGGCCUGUGAACAAAGAACUGCUGUUUCCUCCCUUUUGCCGUUUGUUCGUCAUGCAGAACUUUAAUUCCUGAUGAAGCUCUGGAGGCCCUUUGUAUCCUCAACAUCAGACGUCAUCAAGUCAGUUACCUUCUGCCUUUCAAGCUACAACCUCAUCCACUUCUCUCAUUACCCUGAGCGUCAUUUUUUUCAUCCUGAUCAUUGUACGGCCAUUCUCACCCCUUCUUGUCCACACUGCACAUUCCUGAAUGUUCAUUCGUCUCCAUCACCUCUGUUAUCUCUACACCCCCUCCUUCUUUCCUGCUACAAUGCUUUGGGUAACUAAGCAUUUCACAUUCUCCAGCCCUGGAAUCUUUUGGAAGAUUUUCUUUGUGUCUCUGUACUACGGCAAGCUUUCUGUCUUGAGUAUACUCAAGACAAAAAUGGAAAAGCAUACAUUGGGAAAAUUUCAAUUAGAAGAUUUAGUUCACCAUCCUGAGAAAGAAGGAAUUGAACUGCUUGUCUUGACAGAAGAACAACUCUUGUUUUGUCUGGGACUUGUUACAGCAAAGACAGGCUGAUGACUGCUUCCAGAAAUCUAGAAGAGCUGUCAGCAAAGCACGUGGAAGAAAUUAAAGACGUGGAAAACUAUGCAAACCAUGUCUGUGACUUACCAGAGGAAAAAGAAGCAUUUUCUCAUAGUUAUGAAAGGGAAAACAAACAGCCUAGACAUGAGUUUAAAGAGCUCCAACUCAAACCAGAAGUGCAAACAAAGGAAGUUGAAAUGUAUCAAGAAGCCUUGUCUACAGUGGCUCUGAGCAGCCCCCGUGAACAGAUCACACACUUAAUCAUGGAAAGAAGUACACUCUUGAGAAAACUGGAACUUGGGAACCCCAAGCCAGAACCACAAAGAUGUCUGAGCCAGAACCUGCAGAAAGACUUUCCCCAGGAGAAACUUGAACAAACCCACCAGCCUCUGCAAAAGGAACAUCAGAAACAUCAAGGACCUGUGCAUCAGUCUAAAAAAAGUCUGAGUGAGUCCCAUAAUGAAGAUCCAGAAAAAGAUAAAACACCACAAAACUGCAGAGAGAGAGAUUUGGAGCAAGUAGCAUGGAAGCUAGAGAUGGCCCAUGAGGAGAUCCGAAGGCUCACUGUUGAACUGCAAGGGAAGGAGAAGGUACAGAGUAAAUUAGAUUCUGCACUUGAGAAGGCUCAACUAGAAAUUGAGAAAUUGAAAGAAAAUUUGAUAAAGCUGAAAGAAAAUGACUCAAUUGACCUACAGAAAGCAAAGGAACAUAAUCAGAGACUGGAUGAGGAAAUUCUGGCUCUAAGAAAUCAGGUUCAAUCACUUGACUCAGAAAAAAAAGUACUUGGAGAAGAGGUUGAACGACUUAAAAGAGGAACGUGUGACUCUCAGCAGAAUAAGCAUCUUGGAAACCACUCUCCUGGAAAAACUGUGGGUGCUGGACAGAAAGUAGAGUAUCCAUCAUCUGGAGAAAAACUGAAAUACCAGCAAGAGGAGGUACAACAACUUCACCAGAAUUUGCACCGGCUCCAGACUCUAUGCAGCUCAGCAGAAAAAGAGCUUCGAUAUGAGCGAGGAAAGAACUCUGACUUAAAGCAACAUAAUAGUUUACUUCAGGAAGAAAGCAUUAAGAUCAAAAUUGAACUCAAGCAGGCCCAGGAAAAGUUAUUAGACAGCUCAAAGAUGUGCUGUUCACUCACGGCUGAGUGGAAGCACUGUCAGCAGAAAAUCAGGGAACUGGAGCUGGAAGUACUUAAACAGGCUCAGAGCAUUAAAUCACAGAACAACCUACAGGAAAUGCUGGCUCAGGAGAAAUCUAAAGUUGCUGAUGCAGAGAACAAGAUUUUGGAUCUGCAGGAGAAGUUAGAACAUGCUCAUAAAGUCAAUCUGACAGACGCUUGUAUUUUGGAGAAGAAGCAAUUAGAGGAAAGGAUAAAAGAAGCAAUAGAAAAUGAAGCUAAAAUAAAGCAACAGUAUCAGGAAGAACAACAGAAGAGGAAACUCCUAGAUCAGAAUAUGAAUGAGCUACAGAAGCAAGUGAAAAUCUUACAGGAAAAAGAGAAUCUACUGGAAAUGACCAGUUCUCAGCAACAAAUCAAACUUCAGCAACAAAAGGCCCAACUUAAAGAACUGGAAAAUGAAAAAAGAAAAUCUGAUGAGCAUCUCAAGAGCAACCAGGAAUUGUCAAAGAAGCUGUCUGUGUUGCAGCAGGAGAAGGAAGCUCUAUGUGAAGAAAAUGAGCAGCUUUUGAAGCAGUUUGACCUCUAUGUGAGAAACUAUAAUCAGAAAUAUCAGUACUACAAAGUCAAGCUGCACAGAGUCAAGGAUCGUUUAGUUGAUGAAGUAGAACUCCGAGAUGAGAGAAUCAAACAACUCGAAAAUGAGGUUGGAGCCCUGCGGCAGCAAAUGGAAAAGGAAAAGGCAUUCCAGCACCAAAUCACCACCCAAAAUGAUAUCCUGCUCCUAGAAAAAAGGAAACUUCUGGAGCAGGUCACAGAACAAGAAACAUUGAUUAACAGCAACAAGUGGAUGAUAUCUUCUGUCCAGAGCAGAGUACUUGUCCUGGAUGAAGAAAAUAAGCAGCUACAGAAAAACAGUCUCCAGCUCACACAAGAGGUUGAUCUCCUAGAGCAUAUCAUAAAGAGCAUCCAGAUCCACAGAGGGGAGGAAACAACAGUUAGUGACAUCCGUGAAUCUGAAGUAUUGAAUAAAAUCAUGUACUUACCAAACUCCAGUUUUUCAGGAAUGGGUUCAGUAGAGUCCGCUGAAAGUCUUCAAGAGACUGAAGAACAGAGGUUAGAAGAAACAGUGGCAGACCCCAAGUCCCUCAAGUCCCUUUCGUGUUCACAGAAUUCUGGAGCUGGAUACAUAAACAUGGCUUCUCUGAAAGAAACACAUCUCAUUCAAAAGUAAGACAAAGUCAGAUCUAGAAAAUCAUCGGUGUCUAAAAUAGACUGAUCAAAGCUGCUAACCUGAAGCUUGGGUGUGCAGGUGGAACAUGACAUGGAGAAGAGUUCAGGCAGAUCCUCACUGGACAUCAACCAGGAAUCUUCAAAAUUGUUGACAAAUUCAUUAAACUUGUUCUACAAAUGGAUUUCUCAAGUUUUUUUGGUAUCCUCUAAUGCCUUGUAUUGAUCAAUGUCAUGACAUAAAUUCAGUGGUUUAAUAAGAUUGUUGUUCAGCAGAGCACAUAUACGGCUAAUUCAGCAUUCUAUCUAUCCUUAUUAUCAUGGGUAUUAUUUUUUAAUUUAAAACAAAAAAAUAAUGUAAUCACCUUAAAGCAAAUAUUUGAGAAAGAAAAAAAACCUAUAAAGCCCACAUUUUUGACACAACUACUUUCAUUUAUCCUUUCCUGGUUCUUAUUCAAAUGUAUAUAUUUAAAAUGAUUAUACUGUAUAUUCAUUUUCAGUCUGAUUUUAAAUUUAACAUAUCAUAAAACAUUUCCCCAUAUUUCAUCAGUCUUCAUAAUUAUUCUUUUAGUAACCAUAUGGUAUCCUAUCAUGUUGUCCUACAAACUGGCCUGUUGUUUGACAUUUGUUUCUACUUUUUUACUAUUUAAGAUUAUUGCUGUGAUGAAAGUCUUUGUAAAUGUAGCUCUUUUCUUGAGUUAUCCAGAAAACGCAUUUACAAGAUGGGCAUGAUUGGGUUAAAGGAUAUAAAUGAUAUAUAGUUUUGAUACAUCACUUGCUAAAUAGUUUUAAAAAGAUUGUGUCAACAUGUUCUUUCUAUAGUUUAACUCUUUAAGCCUCAAUUUCUUGAUCCAUAAAAUGGGAGCAAUAGUAGUUCCUAUCCUAUAGCGCUGUGAGGACCAAAUGAAAUGAACCAUGUAUGCAGCACUUAGUAACAGCUUAAUAAACACUUAGACAUCAUUAUUUAUUUUCAAUAGCUGUUUGGGUGUACUAGUUUUUCUGUAACCUCAUCAACAUAGGAUAUUAUCAAUAUAAAAAAAUUAUUCUAAAUAGUUGGUAUAAAACUAUACUGAAGGAUGAUUUCUGCUGCUCCUUCUCCUCUUUCUUCUAUACCUUCAAUUGGAAGUACAGAGGGAGUACCAAAUGGAGAGAGAAAGUAACCAGAAGUUAUUUUAAAAGACCCCUUAAGUUGAGAUCAAAUUGCCAACAUCCGAUGGAUCAUCGAAAAAGCA